GACUGGCUGAAUAGUUUCAAAUGGGUUUUAAUCAAUAAUAAAGAUUAAAGACCCACAAAGAAUUUUAAAAACACUUUAAUACUGUGGACAUUUUGAUCUCCAAACGGAAGACCCCUUUAGCUAAAAGAUAAAAAGGGGAAUGUUUGUUCAGCCUAACUGUUGCAAAUUGUAACAGAAUAAUGUCUAUUUUUGAAAAUAGUCUAUUAAAAACAUAGUCAAACAUUUGUAUGUUACUAGUCUGAGAGGACUAAAAUAAUGCAGGACCAAUUGAGGAUUUGGAGAGCUUUAGACCUAAUCUCACUCUGUGUUUGCCUCUUUCUAUCUGAAGAUGAGUGGAGUAAGAAAGACCAACAUGAUUUUCAUGGUUUAUCCUCCUGUAAUAUCCCAAUCGUGAAGAAAUAAGCUGGUUUUAACCUUUGCUCUUCUAAGUCCGUCAUACGCAUCUAUACAGGGUGGACGUAUAGACCGCAGUAAUGUACGCAGCUGAGAUGGAGCUCUCAGAUUUGUUUUUAUAAUGUAAGUUCAAUGGAGAAUUUUCAAUGUGACCUGUAUUAUACUCUACUUUCUAAAAAAUAUAUAUCUUUGUAUAUUAUGUACUUUAAAGUACAUUAUUAUACUCUCCAGGUCUGAUUUAGAUCAAACUGAUCCGAAGCAGCACCAAUCCAUCAAUACUGUCUGCAAGGUCUUCGCUAAGGCCGUGAAAUAUUUAUCACUUUCCUCUUUAUCUUUUGUCCUCUCUGCCAACAGCUGCCUCUUUACAAUAGAACGUCCCUCCUGCUUUAUACACACACACAAAUUCACAAACACCGUCCCAUGUCAACACAGCAGACCUGCUCACACUAACACAGCAUUCCAUUCUCCACAGAAGCUCCAGAAUGCAUCUGCUGUUGGUUCUUCCCUUUGUUCUAGAAGUCCAGUCGACAGUCCACAACAUCAGCUGCGACUGUAAUGUGGAGCUCAAAACCGCCAACUGUACCGGCAGGAAUUUCAAGCACCUGCCCGCCUCCCUUCCACCAUCUACUGAACAACUGGACCUGUCUCACAACCACCUGAGUGACAUCACGCCCCGGUUUUUCCAGACUGCACGAAAACUUAGCGUACUUCUCUUGAAAGACAACGAGAUUCGGGUACUGGCCAAUGGGGCCUUCUUCCUUCUGGAAGAUCUGCUGAAACUGGACCUGAGCAGAAACCGAAUCUCCUCCUUGAGCGAAGGCUUUUCGUUGGGUCUCGGGUCUCUCCGUGAGCUGUCGUUGGCCGAAAACAAGUUGACGGUGUUGGACAGCAAUGGUUUCGUCCAUUUAGACUCAUUACAGAAACUCAACCUGAGCCACAACGGAAUCAAGACCAUCAAGAUGAGAGCUUUCGGGUCCACGAGUACCCUACGCCAGAUACAACUGGACUGGAACAACAUCACGGUUCUCACGAAUGGGAUCUUCUCGAUGCUGCGCAAUCUCGAGGUGCUGAAUUUACGACACAACCAGAUUCACUCUUUGGACGUUGGGGCUCUUUCACCACUGACCAGUCUCGCCUUACUGGACCUGACCAACAACAAUCUCUCCUCCAUUCAGUUCAAGACCUUCUUGAGUCUAAAUACGUACAGCACACACAUCCUUCUUCGAGGAAACCCGUGGAAGUGCGAUUGUGAUUUGCAGAGAGUGUUUCGAAAGCUUUGUAAUGUCAAGAGGUUGUUUUUAGACGACUACGAUGACCUCAGCUGCUCCGAUUUGGAUGAGAUACACGGUUACUCCAUGGGGUUCGAUACAGAGCUCUGUGUUGCCGAGAUGGUGACUGUACUUGUUAUCACCCUCACUGUGUUUAUUACCGUCGUGGCCGCCCUCGUGAUGGCAGAGAAAAAGAGGAAAAAGAAGAUUCAAGAGAAACAUUGGACUGAGGUCAACGAGAUGUCAUGCACUUCGCAGGACUGAUCGCAUUUAUGAACUAAUAUAAUUGUUAUUUGGAUAACAUACAGUGUGAAGACGUUCAUCUGCACUUCAAAAAUUUGGGUUAUGAGCUGUUCAAUUGUUGAAAGAAAAUAUGAACUAUAACUGGCAGAAAUCACAUACAUUUGUUUUUAUUUAUUUUCUUGUUUAUUUAUAUUUUUAGUUAUUUUAUCAGUUAUUUUAAAUCAAAACUUUCCAAGCUAAAAUGAAUUUCGCAGGCCUUACCAAUUGCUGAGUAAAAAAACACUACAAAUUCUAAUGGUUUCUAUUAAAAACACCAUUAUGAGCCAUUAGCUGUUUACCUUUAAAAUCAUUACAAAAUUAUUUUAUGCUGUGUGUUUAAUCCAGUAGGAUUCAAUGGUGCUCACAUCCAGUACACUUUCUGGGAUUUUUCUACUGUGUGUGUUUUUUUUUUUUUAGGGAAGAAACUGAUCAUCCUCAUUUGAUUGAAUAUUAUCAGUACUUUUUCCAAUGCUGUUGUCUUCAGCACAUCCAAUCGUGGUGGUUGCUAGUGCAGGUACAGUCCAAUAGGGGGCAGCAGCUGUACGCAGAUUGUCUAUGAUUAAAAAUACCUGGAAAAAAACAGUUGCCUAAAAUAUUGUACAGUUACAUCUAAUAUUACUGUAGUUUACGGAUUCAUACAACGGAUUCUUAACUUACAACAAUUAAUAAUUUGUUAUUUCUUAUGUACGGUCGUUGAUAUAUGUAUAAUUCCUUACUAACAUCGUUAUAAAACUGUCUAGUUAUGACAAAUGUAUUUGCUAUGUUUUGCCUAUAACUUGUAAAUAAAUUUAUUUUACGUUUGGGUUGUGGAUUUUAAAUUGAAAAAUCUGUGAAACUG